AAUAUUUGACAGGUUUGUCGAAUGUUGUGAAGUGAAUGUUGGGGUUUAGUGGGUGAAAGGUCGGCGCAGUGUGUUUCGCUCAAACGAUCAAAAGCACCAUCACAACUACAAUCACUAACAUGUCUCUCCUCAGAGGUGUGUUCAUCGUCUCGGCCAAGAGGACACCGUUCGGCACAUAUGGAGGAGUUCUGAAGGACCACAGUGCUACGGAUCUGGCGGAACAUGCCGCAAAAGCUGCUCUGGCUGCUGGGAAUGUGGCUCCGGAGCUGGUCAACAGUGUCAUCGUAGGAAAUGUCAUGCAGAGCUCUGCUGACGCCGCUUACAUGGCGCGUCACGUGGGUCUGCGGGCUGGUGUUCCCAUCCCAGUGCCGGCGCUGACUGUCAACCGCCUCUGCGGGUCUGGAUUCCAGUCCAUAAUCAAUGGAGCACAGGAGAUCUGCCUUAAAGAGUCAGAGGUCGUCCUGUGUGGAGGCUCAGAGAGCAUGAGCCAAGCUCCUUAUGCCGUCAGGAACAUCCGCUUCGGGACCAAGUUUGGAGUUGAUCUGAAGCUGGAAGACACACUGUGGGCAGGACUGACCGAUCUGAACAUCAAGCUCCCCAUGGGCAUCACAGCAGAAAACCUGGCAGAGAAAUACCAGAUCACACGCGAUGACUGUGACCAGUACGCCUAUCGGACGCAGCAGAGGUGGAAAGCAGCUCAUGAGGCUGGCUAUUACAACGCUGAGAUCGCACCCAUUGAUGUGAAAGCCAAGAAAGGGAAAGUGGCCAUGACAACUGACGAACACCCCCGUCCACAGACCACACUGGAGCAGAUGGCGAAGCUGCCGACCGUCUUUAAGAAAGGAGGAACCGUCACUGCGGCCAAUGCUUCGGGCGUGUCUGAUGGAGCUGCAGCUGUGGUCAUAGCCAGUGAGGACGCACUGAAAGCUCACAAACUCACCCCAUUGGCUAGAAUUGUGGCCUAUCACGUCUCAGGCUGUGAUCCCAGCAUCAUGGGAAUUGGGCCUGUACCUGCCAUCACUGAAGCCCUGAAGAAGGCUGGUCUUUCACUCAAAGACAUGGACCUGGUGGAGGUCAAUGAAGCGUUUGCUCCUCAGUAUCUGGCAGUGGCUAAAGCUUUGGGCUUGGACCCCGAGAAGACCAACGUUAACGGAGGAGCCAUCGCCCUUGGACACCCGCUCGGAGCCUCUGGGACAAGAAUCACUGCGCACCUCGUUCAUGAGCUCAGGAGACGCGGUGGAAAGUAUGCGAUCGGCUCUGCCUGCAUUGGUGGCGGUCAGGGAAUCGCAAUUGUCCUGGAAAACACAAACUGAGAACAUCACACACACAUUUUGAGGAUUAUUUAAAUUCAAAACCUAAUUCACACCGUCCUAAAAUCUGUAAAGGAAAAUAGUCCAUCCACAAAUGUGGAAUAAAAAGUUUAUUUGCACAUGAUUAUUGUUCUUGUAAAAUGUCUCCAGGAUCAUAUGAUUGGCAUGCCCACGUGAAGCAUGUUUAGGCGUUUGGUUACGGUUCAGUGAUGUCGGAAGCAAUGUGCCUUGCUGGAGUUUUGUCUUUGUGCCUAAUUCAACAUCCUGCUGGAUUAACCAUCUCCAUGCACUUCUGCAGUUUUCCAGAAAUGUAAUAUAUUCACUCAACUUCAAAUAAACUCUUGAUUAUGGACUUCACUAGAUGGUUUUGUAUAGAAUGUUGACUAAACAUGUUGUGAGUGAAAUCUUUUCAUAUUCACCCACCCGAACCCUGACUGUUCAUAUCAAUAAAGAAUGAGCUGUAUAAUACCA